UCAACGGUCCUCACGUGAGUAACUAUAAAAGGAAAGGAUCGAACGGUUAAUUGUCAGUUGGUGAGCAGCAAGCAAAGAAACCGGACCUGUGUAAGAAGUCUCCAGCAUGGAAGAAUUGCUUAAGCAGUUGAUUUCUAAAGCAGCAUCUUCUGGAGGUGAAGAGUGGCUAAGAAGAUGCUUACAAGAAGACUCUUUAGGAUCGAACGAAAAUCCGGAUAGGUCGUCUUCUGAUUCUGCCUGCGCUGCCUUUCCCCUAAGGAGUGCAGAGCCGUCGACGUCUGACGUCACUAAUAGGCGUCCUCUGGAAGAAGAAAAAGCUCCGCCUCUCACAGUGCCAGCUAAAAGAUUCAGAAAAGAAAAAACAAGAUUUUCACCAUCUCAGCAAUCGACCAAACGCAGGAUAAAAUUAUCUGAUGCGCAACGAGGCUCGAGAGCGUCCGACAAACAUCGCAACCGACUUCAACAGUUUCUACUGCCAACUGCCAAGUCUGCUGCGAGAUCUUCAACUGUAAAGCCUGCGACUGCGACACGAGACUCUUCAGCUGAUUUAAAGAUCGUAUGGAUCCUAGGAAAUCAGCUUGUUUCUUUGGCACGUGAUCGUUCAACGAUGCGUUUUAAAUCGGAUAAUUUAGGUUUUGGCAAUAAAGUGGUUGUGUUCUGGAGAGGUAUUUCUGGUAUUAGAAUUCAGGAAAUUUAUUCGUUAUGUUGUUCAUUUUCUCUGACUUGGCCUAUGCCUGAUUUGAUUAUACUUCAUAUAGGUAUGGAUGACUUGGGCAGAACAAGCACUCAUUUAUUAUUAAAGGAUAUGCAGGAUACAUUUAGUAAAAUUCAAACUUUAUUACCAUAUUCCCAGAUAGCGUUCUCAGAAAUUAUUCCUAAUUGGGAUUGGAAUUCGACUCAAUUAUCCUUUAUGGAAAAGAUAAGAAUACGUAUCAAUAGGAAUAUUGAAAAGUAUAUGCAGUCACAUAAUAAGUUAUCUUAUAGACAUAUUGAAUUAGAAGGGUUUACGGCAGGAUUAUACAAUUUAGAAAAAGAUUCAUUGUCUGAUCUGGGACUAGACAUUUUCAAUGUUGGAUUGCAAAAUUUGGUUGAAAAAGGCUGCGGUGUUAAUUAGCCAUCUAGCUUUGCUAUUUGGCGUUGUGGGGUAAUAGUCACUCUUCGAGUGGACUAGUUGGUUUUAAUUAUUUAUAUGGAGUAAUAGUCACUCUUUGAGUGGACUAGGUGGAGUUAAUAUUUAUUGAAUUGGUUUAGCAGAUUUAUUUCUGUUUAAAUAUUUAUUAAGUAACGUAAGUAACACCGUGGCCAAUUUUAUCCAACGAAUAAAAGAAAGAAAAUAAAUAAAAAUGAUUAAUUUUACUUUGAGUGUUGUAUUUAUUGGAAGUAAGUUGAUGAAUUGGUUACAAUGGAGUUUAUGACACCAUGGACAAACCUGAUUGUGCAUGCAAUUAGGGGUGACAUGGUGUCAUGACACCUUUAAAUGCAUGUGCAAUUAAUAUUAUUUAUAUUCUUACCUGGUAACAGAUGCUAUUGCGAUCUGAGUCUUUGCUGGUAACAGAUGCCUCGUGCGAUCUGGACUUGUAUGAAAACCUUUUCCUGAUUGGAGAAUAGUUCAACGGUCCUCACGUGAGUAACUAUAAAAGGAAAGGAUCGAACGGUUAAUUGUCAGUUGGUGAGCAGCAAGCAAAGAAACCCCCUCCCCCCCAUCCCCCUUUUUAAAUAUAUGUCACGGUGUUAGC